AUGUUCAAGGAGCACUACCGCAUUACUUUGUCUACUUUUGAGACACUAGUAAACAUUCUUUUGGGAACUGAGCUAUACAGAAGAUGUGAUGAAAGUGAACUGGUUCGGCCUGUGUGGAAACAGAUAGCAGUUGUUCUCUGGAGAUUUUCCAACACUCACUUUGGAUAUAGAAUGGCAAAGAACAAGUUUGGGUGUAGUCAUGGAAGCUACAACAAUUUCACUGACCAGUUUAUUCUUGCCAUGAGCUCAAUUGUAAUUGACAAUAGCAUUACCUGGCCAAACAUGGUUGAACAAACCCUAGAGAUUACAACAGGAUGUAGAUCCAAAAACCAAGAAACUGUUCCACUUACCACUGAACAGAAACUAUAUAAUACAGUACAGUCCAGAACUCAACAAAAAAUUGAAAACACAUUCUCACUCUUGGUGCUAAGAUGGAAAUUUCUAUAUAAGCAUCUUUACUUGAAGAAUGUUGGAAGACUGACUCAAGCAAUUAUGUUAUGCUGUGUUUUACACAACUUGUGUCUAGAUGUUGAUGAUAUGUGGGAACUUGAAGAGAAUGAAGAAAACAAUAUCUUGGGCAAUUUUCAAGAUUCAGGCAAUGAGGAUGGUGCUGUUUUUGGGCUGGAAGAAAUAGAAAAUACUAAUCCAAUUAUAUCUGAAAGAGUACUUAAUGCACUUCUUGCUCAACUGAAAACUGGUGGUGAACAACAACAACUGGCAGUAAUGAAUUUUUUUUAA